AUGGUCCGAUUUUUAAUCCCCGGCCCCGGCCCAGAUGCAACCUUGGCACAGGAGGCUGACACCCACGGCGACGUGGUGAUAGUCCCACCAGCCUCAGACGGGACACACGCACUGCUGGCCGAGGCCACCACGGCACAUCGCGCCACAUUUGUCAUGAAGGCGGAGGACUCGACCUGGGUCGACCCUGUUGGGAUCAUGCAGGAACUGCUCUCCCUCUGCAUGUCGCCUGGCUGCGAGCAUGAGCGGCUGUACCUGGGGCGGGAGCAGCGUCCCACCGCCUCCCUGCAGGAGAGGGUUGAUGUGACGGGGCAGCCACCGCGGCGACGGGGCAGGGUGGACGCCGUCUACGCCGCCCACACCUCCCUUUCUUCCUACAUGCCCUACAUGCUGGGCGGGGGCUACGUCCUGUCCCGCGACCUGGCGCAGCUGGUCCUGGAGGUCAACACCCAUGCCAGCGCUGCUCCUGGGUUCCUCAAGCUCCUGCCCAGCGAGGACGUUUCCAUCGGCGUGUGGCUGAUGAGCGUGGACCUGCGCCGCGUCGACCAGCCCCGCAUGCUGGAGUCGGCGGGCCCCGACCAUCUGGACACCCUGCACCGCGGGGUGCCGGCGGCCAGCGUGCUGCUGGGCUGGGUCGGGGGCUCGGCGCGGCUGCUCGUCUUCGCCGAUGCCUGCGCUGGAACGGCCAGGGGUGGGGCCGGAGGGGAGCGCAGCGGGCACGCGACGACGGAUGGCGCGGCGGGCGCGGACGACGAUGCCGCCGGCGGUGCCGCGCCGCUGCUGGCCAUGUGCGCGAUACUGUACGACCGGCGCCAGCUGGCGCGCAGCCACAGCCUGCCGGGCUUGCCGCUGGCGCUGUCGGCCUGCGGCACGCUGCUCGCGCUCGCCGCCCCGCACCCCCUCGAAGGUGGCCUGUGGCUGGCGCGCGCUGCCGGGCGCCGCAGCGUGCAGUUCGCCAGCCCUGCGUCCCUGGCCGCCGCCGCGGGAGCAGCGAUGGGCUUGGACGGCGCCGACCGCGCCUGCGCAGGGCCGAUGAGGCCGCGAGAGGUGCGGUUUGCGCCGGGCGCGGCGUCGCUGGCGUUCCUGGCGGACGCCGGCGGCUGCGACAGCGGCCCCGAGGCCGCCACGGCCUUUGUUGCGCGGGUGCCCCGGGCGUGGCGGGACGCUGGGGCAGGGGCGGUGUGGGGCUCGCCGCCGACCCGCCAGCUGGUAGCUCUGCGCUUGCCCGAGCCUCCCCUGGCCCUGGCCUACCGUGCAGAGAAUCUGCUGAUCGUGUGGACAGCAACAGGCGCCUGGCAGGUGAGGCUGCCGGCCAACUUCGCCGACGGCCUGCCCCCGACCCGUAGGCUGGCGGGGUCAGAGGCCGCAGCGGCUGGCGCGAGCCCGGCCUCCUGUGCCAUGUCCCCAGACCCGACCACAGACCGGCUCCUCCUGGCCAGCACCGACGCUGAGACCAGGGAUGUGGCACAGGAGCGGCGACGCUACGCGACGCUGGACCUGGGCACAGGCCGCCUGCGCCUCGUCGGCGAGUACUCGGCCGGCGUGGGCCUCAGCGGGGGACCCCUGGACAGGGAGGGCAGCCCAGCCCCUUCGACCACGCAGCCCCCUGCCCCCGCCGCCUUCUGGAGCCCCGACGGGCGCAGCGCCGCCUUCGCUUCGCCGCACUCGGGCGGGGGCUGGCAGGUGUACGUCGCCUCGGGGGUCGGGCGGGGCGACGAUCCCGGCGACGGCGACGCCGCCGGCACCGUGGCGGGCGUGACCUCGCAUCCCACCCCCCUGCCCCCGCGCUCGGUGUUCGUGGAGGUGGGGGCCGGGGCCGGGGCUGGCGUGCGCGCCUUCCGCGCCGCGCGUGGCGCCGAGGGCUGGCAGGUGCACGCCUGGGAGGCGGCACCCGCCGCGCUGCGCGUGCUGCGCGACGGCCUGCCGCUGGGCGUGCAGACCCAUGGUGCGGCGGCCUGGGUGCGGGACGGCGAGGUUGCGCUGAACCCACUGCCCGCCGCGCAGGGGCCGUCACCCGGCUGGCUGGCGGGCGCGUGGCUCGCCGCCUGGGGUGCGCCGCCCCACCCCGCCUCGCUGUUCGGGCGCGAGGCGCCCGGCGCGCCGCGCGAGUCCGUGCCGGCCCUCGAUUUUGGCGCCUGGCUGCUGCGCACGCUGCGCCCCGGCGACCGCCUCUGGCUGCGCCUGGACGUGGCGGGCGCGGAGCUGGAGCUGCUGGCGCAGCUGCUGCAGGACGGCAGCCUGGCGCGGGCGGGGCGGGUGUCGGUGGCCUGGGGCGACGGCGUGCGGCCCCUCAGCGGCCAGCUGGCCGCCACCUGGCGCAGCGUGUUCGACCUGCUGGGCGUGGCCUGGUCGGACCCCGGCUCACCCGCCCUGGAGCCCUGA